GCGGCCGCCCAGCGCACCGCCAGGCACAUCGAGCGGCUGCUGCCCAGGCACGACGAUUUCUCCGAGCGGCACAUCGGCCCGGGGGACAAAGAGAAGCGAGAGAUGCUGCAGACCCUGGGACUGUCGAGUAUUGAUGAGCUGAUCGAUAAAACCAUUCCUGCUAAUAUUCGCUUGCAGAGACCUCUGAAGAUGGAUGACCAUAUUUGUGAAAAUGAAAUUCUUGAAACCUUACACAAUAUUGCCAGCAAGAACAAGAUCUGGAGGUCCUAUAUUGGUAUGGGAUAUUACAACUGUGCAGCCCCCCAGGCCAUUGUGAGGAAUCUGUUGGAGAAUGCAGGAUGGAUUACUCAGUAUACUCCUUACCAGCCAGAGGUCUCUCAAGGAAGGCUGGAGAGUUUACUGAAUUACCAGACUAUGGUCUGUGACAUCACAGGAAUGGAUGUGUCCAAUGCUUCAUUACUGGAUGAAGGAACAGCUGCAGCAGAAGCUAUGCAGUUAUGCCACAGACAUAAUAAGCGGAGGAAGUUUUACGUUGACGUCAGAUGCCAUCCUCAGACGAUAGCGGUGGUGCAGACUAGAGCAAAUUACACUGGCAUUGUUGUUGAGCUGAAGUUGCCUCACGAGAUGGACUUCAGUGGUAAAGACAUCAGUGGAGUGUUGUUUCAGUACCCAGAUACUGAGGGAAAAGUGGAAGACUUCAGUGAGCUGGUUGAACGAGCCCAUCAGAAUGGGACUCUUGUCUGCUGUGCUACCGACUUGCUAGCUCUGUGCAUUUUGAGACCUCCAGGAGAGUUUGGAGUUGAUGUUGCUCUGGGUAGCUCUCAGAGGUUUGGGGUACCUCUUUGUUAUGGGGGGCCACAUGCAGCAUUUUUUGCUGUCAAGGAGAAUCUGGUGAGGAUGAUGCCUGGAAGGAUGGUGGGAGUUACAAGGGAUGCUAAUGGAAAAGAAGUGUAUCGGCUUGCUUUGCAAACCCGAGAACAGCAUAUCAGGAGGGAUAAGGCUACAAGCAACAUCUGCACUGCACAGGCCCUUCUAGCUAAUAUGGCUGCCAUGUUUGGAAUCUAUCAUGGUGCUCAUGGAUUAAAGCAUAUUGCGAAGCGGGUACAUAAUGCCACUCUGAUCUUAGCUGAAGGCCUGAAGAGAGCUGGUCAUAAACUCCAACAUGACCUGUUUUUUGAUACCUUGAAAAUCCAGUGUGGAUGUGACAUCCAAGAAGUCUUGCACAGGGCAUCCCAGAGGAAGAUAAACCUGCGGAUUUACAGUGAUGGCACACUUGGAGUAUCUCUUGAUGAAACUGUAACCGAAAAAGACCUUGAUGACCUGUUGUGGAUUUUUGGCUGUGAAUCGUCGGCUGAACUGGUUGCAGAGGGCAUGGAUGAAGAAACAAGAGGGAUUUUUGGCACUGCGUUUAAGAGAACUUCAGAAUUCCUCACACAUAAAGUGUUUAACAGCUAUCACUCUGAAACAAACAUUGUGAGAUACAUGAAGAGACUAGAAAACAAAGAUAUUUCCCUUGUUCACAGCAUGAUUCCCUUGGGUUCCUGUACAAUGAAGUUGAAUAGUUCAUCAGAACUUACGCCUAUAACAUGGAAGGAAUUUGCCAACAUCCACCCCUUUGUACCUCUAGAUCAGGCUCAAGGAUAUCAGCAACUUUUCAGAGAGCUAGAGAAGGAUCUGUGUGAGAUAACAGGUUACGACAAUAUUUCUUUUCAACCGAACAGUGGAGCUCAAGGAGAAUAUACUGGACUUGCUGCAAUCAAGGCUUAUUUGAAUUCAAAAGGAGAAUGUCAGAGAAGUGUUUGUCUUAUUCCUAAAUCUGCACAUGGUACCAAUCCAGCCAGUGCUCAGAUGGCAGGAAUGAGAAUUCAGCCAAUAGAGGUAGAUAAAAAUGGAAAUAUUGAUUCUGCCCAUCUUAAGGCAAUGGUGGAUAAGCACAAGGAGAAACUUGCAGCUAUCAUGAUUACCUACCCAUCUACCAACGGUGUCUUUGAAGAGGAAAUAGCGGAUGUAUGUGACUUAAUCCACAAACAUGGAGGCCAAGUUUACCUAGAUGGAGCAAAUAUGAAUGCCCAGGUUGGUCUGUGUCGUCCUGGAGAUUAUGGAUCAGAUGUCUCUCAUCUAAAUCUUCACAAAACCUUCUGCAUUCCUCAUGGAGGUGGAGGACCUGGCAUGGGACCUAUCGGAGUAAAGAAGCAUUUGGCUCCCUUCCUGCCUAGCCACCCGGUGGUGGCCUUGCCACAGGACAAGGAUUCCAGGCCCUUGGGAACCAUCAGUGCUGCUCCCUGGGGAUCCAGCGCUAUAUUGCCCAUAUCUUGGGCUUACAUCAAGAUGAUGGGAGGAAAAGGUCUUAAGCAUGCAUCUGAGAUUGCAAUACUAAAUGCUAACUAUAUGGCAAAGAGACUAGAGAAGCACUACAAAAUCCUCUUUAGAGGAACCAGAGGUCAUGUAGCUCAUGAAUUCAUUUUGGACACUCGGCCAUUCAAGAAAACAGCAAACAUUGAAGCUGUGGAUGUUGCCAAGAGGCUGCAGGAUUAUGGAUUCCAUGCUCCAACAAUGUCCUGGCCAGUGGCAGGGACCCUUAUGAUUGAACCAACAGAAUCUGAAGACAAGGCAGAACUAGACAGAUUUUGUGAUGCAAUGAUUAACAUCCGUCAAGAAAUUGCUGAUAUAGAAGAAGGGAGAAUGGACCUGAGAGUUAACCCAUUAAAGAUGUCACCGCAUACCUUGGCUUGCAUUGCUACUUCCGACUGGAAUCGCCCUUACCCUCGAGAAGUAGCUAUUUUUCCUUUACCUUUUGUGAGACCUGAAAACAAGUUCUGGCCCACAGUAGCUCGAAUUGACGAUAUCUAUGGAGAUCAACAUCUGGUUUGUACCUGCCCACCAAUGGAAGUCUAUGAAUCUCCUUUUGCUGAACAGAAGAGAGCGUCUUCGUAGGGUCAGCCUCUCCUCACCUGCUCAAGCCACUUUCUCUUUUGAGAUGACUGGACUCAGUCUCCCUUGCAACAUUUCAUUUUAGGAGGAUAAAUGGAUUUUUUAUGGCCCAGUGAGCAAACUUUAUAUACAGUGUAUAUUUUUAUAAUUUCUGUACUAUUAAUAAAGUCCUGUGCAGUUACAUGUAAAUAUACUUGUACUAGGUGGAAACAAGCUGAAUUGAUUCAGUGCCUCAGUUGUGCCAGCAAUCUAUGCUGAAGUGGCCUUGAUUUAGCCCUCUUGUUCUAUUCAGAACUAGGGCUGCUUUCCUGGGGUCCAAAGUUUAAAUGUAGAAAUGCAUGAACAAAUCUGAAACAUUUUUUGUUUGAAAGAUGUAAUGGUAACAUGUCUGCUCCUCAAAAUAAUACUCUUAGAACUGCAGAGCUGGACUGGACCUCUGGAUCAUCAAAUCCAGUUCAUGUAAAGGAGGCACAGUGGGGAAUCAAACCUCUGGCACUGCAGCAAGAGGACUAAACCACUGAGCUAUCCAAAAUGAUCCAUGCAUGGUACAAAGCAAACUCAGUAUUUUUAGCAGUCUAUACUCUCUUAGCCCUUGUGGGGCUGGCUCACAGUGGUGACUAAAAUAUAGUUAAUAUUCAUUUGUAUCAACUGAAGAUACGGACAACAAUCAACAGGUAUGUUGAAACCUACUAAAACAUGCUACAGCAUGUACCUCCCUGUGUAUCAAGCUGUGGCCAUAAACUUUUUGGUGUUCAUACUGAUUAAAUUUAUAUUACCUCUAGCACUGGUGUCUUUUAAAGUGUAUCCCCCUUUUAAAAACUCCGAAUGUUAGCAUUCCAAUAAAAAUUAGUUGACUCAGUA